GGGAUUGAACGCCGGGAAGAUGGAGAGGUGGAAGACUCACGUCCGCUCGGAGCUUCUGAAGCGAGAUUCUCUCCAGAGGGACCCGUACGAGCGCUGGUUCAGUUCGUAUUCCCGUCUGCUGGAGAGACUGGACCUGCGGGAGACCUUGUGGGAGGAAGCCAAGCAAUUCAGCCCAGACGCCAGCGGGUGGGUGCAGUCUCUGGAGGAUCCGGUCCGCGUGCAGCUGGAGCUGAGAGAGAGCCGGCUCGCUCGCCAGCAGCAAUCUGAGACAAUGUCAGAGCUCACUGCCCGCCUGGGUCUGAUGGAGGCGGAGUUGCAGUACUGUCACUCACAAGUGAGCCGUUACCGCACGGAGGCUGUCUCCCUGUCCCGCCUGGCCACCACGCUGCAGGCCAGCCUGCUGGAGUGCGAGCUACAGCUGGAGCAGCAGGCGGAGGAGCUGGCGGGCCUGCGGCAGAGCCGGGCGGAGCUGGAGGCGGGGCUGGGCCAGGCGGAGAGGGAGAGGGAGGAGCUGCUGCAGCGCUGGCUGGUGGAGAAGCGGGAGCAGGCAGAGAGGGUGAACCUGCACAAUGAUGCCCAGGAGAGGUGGCUCCGCCUAACAAACAGGCUGAAGAAGCUUCUCCGACACCGGACACCCCGCCUGUCCCUGCUGGCAGCCAGCUGUACGAGGGACAUGGAGCUCCGGGUUCGAGCCCUUGGCGGGACAGAAGGGGAGACUGAGGGAGGAGACCCUGUUGUUCCGUAGACCUGAGCGAGGCCCCCCGGAACCUCACAUAGGAAGUGACCCCUGAACUUUGACCCCUGGUGGAAUAAGGAAGCUUGCUCCUCCGUCUAUCACACAGGAUGUGUCCCUCCGGUUUCUAAACAUAGUGGAGGCGCUGCAGCUCUGCCUGUGAAGACUCUACACUGCGAUCGACUGCAGUUGUCGGUAUUAUUGUAAUUAAAGGGGUAGUAACUCGUUUCCUAUACCAGAACUCUAUCUAUGAGCAGGUGACCUCCAGCUGUUGCAGAUCUGGUUUGUAAGAGAGACUUGUGUUUUUUUGUGAAUACAUGAACAGAAGUAUUCAUUCCCCCAAUGACCUUGAAAGUAUAGUGUUGAUUUUUUUGUUUUUCUGCUGGAAUCGUCUUAGGGUUUGGGGUUUUAUGGGGUACAGCGUAAGCCACUGUUUCAGGAAGCAAAGAUCCCCAUUCAGCAGCCCUGACCCCAGCCCCUGAACUACAAAGUCUCAGGUGAGAGUUGGACCCACCCUGUGCUGAGCCACAGUGUGAUCCAGGAUGUGGUGUGCAGAUGCCUCAGCUUCAUAAUGUGGGUUCUGUCAUGGACAUGUGGGGGGAGAGCCACUCGCUGUCUGGGGGUUUACAGCAGUGGGAGACUCCUUACACUUUAGCUAGCAAAGAAUGAACCUCGCCUGCCCAAUCUCGUAUAUUGUCUGAAUGUCACGUCCGCUUAUCACUACCGACGCCUCUGGGAUUCCAGUGCUCAAAUUGUUGCUGGGACUGCACUCCUCACCACAACCCGACUCCUCCUCCGCCAUGCCCACAGUGCUAAUCAAGGGGGAAGAUUGAAUGGGCUUCUAAACGCGGGUCGGGCUGGGCGGGGAGCUGUGGUCUUGCACUGGGGGGGACCGGUACUGGCGUUGCUCAAGCCGGCAGAUGGCGCAGAACCCUGAUGCUGUCUCUGCCUCGCACUUUCAAGAAAAGAGCGUCUGUAAGAAAUGUACCUGACAUGACCUCGCUCCUACUGCAGACAUGGCCAGUGGUGCAUGUUGAAGAGCUGUGCUGUAGAUGAAAACUGUAGACUAGCGAACAUGUUAGCUACAUUUCAGAUCAAAGGCCCUUCGUUUACAGUUCAUAUUCCCCCACCAGUGUAAUGGAUGUUGUUCUGUCUGGU